AUGGAGUGUCUCGUGUCGAUUGACAAGGAUUGCUACAAGAUCGCAAAGCGGGACAAUUUGUUUACAUGUUUUUCUUGUGAACUGGAGAGUAUUCCCUCAGCCGCCGUUGAAGCUAAUUCGAUUCCGCUCCAGCAAUCACGACCUAAACGGAACAGAAAACCGAACCCUCGUUACGACCAAAGUUCUCCGAAAAGGCGAAAUGCAGCAGUUAUUCCUUUCUCCGAUUCAGUUAUCGCUUCAACUUCUUCAACUACAAACAUAAUUGUCAACGAAACAUUUACUAUUCAUAGCUCCUCUAACCACUCAGUCGUCCUUGAAGAAGUUGUCCCUCCAAUGCCGUCAAUAAAUAUGGGCUUUCCAGAUAUUCCACAGGAAUUACUUGACAUGGCCGUUGCCAAUAUGUCUCUGAAUGACUCUGCAAUUAAUCCUUUUGAUUUUUCUUUUAGAUUAGACACUUCACUUCACCCGCCAAGCCCAGUUAGACCAGAAGAUAAUUCCACAGCUAGCAGAUCAUCCUUUGAAUCAGAGAAUGGAGAUACUGUUCAUUCGCCUCGUCACGUUACUCCGGUCCCCAUCAGAGAGAAAAGCCUGAUUUACGAGGAGCCAAUCACACCAGCAAUCCGGGGUAAAGACGUCAGGAGUCAGAACAAAGUGUAUAUGAGGACCAACGAGAGGAUUAAAGAUAUUUGGGAGAAAUAUCAACACACCAAGGAAUAUACCGUAGAUGACCUUCUGAAGUACUGCUCCAAGACUUAUCGCAUGCCCUGUGAAUAUGACCAAUCUGAUUAAGAAGGCUUUCUUCGUCAUCUGCAGCACUGGAAGAAUCUCGUCUUUACUUGUUAGAUGAGUUCAACUGCUUUUCUUGAAAACGAAUUGAGAAUCUAUACAAUCGUCAGUCAAGUCGUAUAAAUGUUCCAAUAGUGUAUUUUGAUUUUUAAAUUCAGUUGCUUCUUGCCAAAAUACAGAUAUAACUACAAUAAAGCAAGUUUUUUUUUCAGAA